CAAUACCCAAAACCAUUGGGAGUUCAUGACACUUGUGAUAUGUUUGCUACUGUAGCCGAUCUUCCAGGCUAGCAACGGAGACACGAAACCGUACAUCAUGACCACAGAGUACUCUCAUUUCAACUGACAGCAUUCCUCUCGAAGUUCCCCACAAGGCAUUGACCAUGUCGUCUUACUCGCGAGAACCCUCGAGGGACCGUGCUGAGUCUCGGAUGGUGAAGCAUCAACAUUCAUUUUCGGAGUCUGGCAGAAGUUCCGUGCCCAUGUGGGAUAGCUCAGAUCCCGACAGAGCACCUCCACCGCUUCCUUUGAACCCUGGAGGACCUGGAAGUCCAAUAACGAGAUCUAACACAUCGAAGCGUAUUGACGAAGCUGCCGCCCUCAUCACGGCAAAGGCUCGAGAGAAUGCGCCGAGCUCCUAUACGAGCAAUCCUCCGCCUACCUGUAUCUCACCUGACAGAAACAUCAUGCGGGCGCAAAACAGACGGAUGCAACACAUCCAGAGUCCCAGUAUCAGCAGACUGAGCGACUCACUGGAGCGACGAUCUCCAGACAAGGGUCUCCGGACCGCGAGGUUUGUAGAUUUCGAAGACCUGCACAGCAGCCGAUCAUCCGAACGCACUCACAGGUCAGAAACGCCUACCCCGAGCGACAGAAGAUCGAAAGAGAUGGAGAACACACCUCCCUCAUCCAACAUGCUUGCAUUGCAAAGUGUCAGGCACACACAAGACACAAAUCCUCUGGGCGACAUCACAAAUGGCACCUUUCCGUCGGCCCCGAAUUUCUCAUUCGACUCCUUGUCGUCUCAGAUCUUGAGCCUGACUAACAUUGUCACAAAUGUACAGAAAGAGAUGUCAAGCCUGAACAAGCGAAGCAAAGACAACUAUACCGAUCUGAGAGGCCUCAAAGAAGCCGCUACGUCCAGGGAUGAGGAUAUCCGAAAGAGCCUUCGAGAGCUUGUUGCAGGUCUUGAGUCCAAGCUGAACAAUCUUGACACUCGACUACUGACUGCUCCAGAGACAAGUCGCUCAAACUCCAAUCUGGGCGGCCUGUACUUGGACGAUAAAGCUCAUAGUACAACCCCACGGAAAAGUUUCGGUUUACCACGCAUUGGCAGUCCAACCAACUUUUCACUUACACUCGACCGAGAACUGACGGCAUCACCGUCAAUCGCUUGCGUCGAUGGUGCAGCAAGCAUUGCUCUUCUGGAGAAGGUCCUUAGAGAGAUGGCUACUCGCGAAGGCCAAGACAAGAUCAUAAGCACACUGGAAGCGGUCAAGUCUCAAGCUGUGGUAAGAUCUCAGACAGUUGCACCUGCACAUACAACAAUUGAUUCCACCAUGAUGUCAAAACUGGAGGAUAUUUUGAUGUUCAUGAAAGAUAUGAAGGGAGAAUCUGGGUCCAGAGCGUUAGUACGGUCGAAUGCCAACGAUAACUCGAAGCGGAGUUCCAACCUCGAUGCUUUCCUGGAAGAGGGUGCUUUGGCUAAAUCGAAGUCAGGCAGCGAGGGAAGAGCAUCGCUGUCUGGGUCUGACAAUCUCACAGAAGAAGUGGCCAGGACACUGAAGAAUGUGAAGCAAUCUUUGGCGCAGAAUGGCGGCCUCACAAACGAAGUCAAGGUUAUCGUCCGGGAGCUCCGAGGAGAGGUGCUUGGGAUGGGUCGUGAAAUUGGAAGAAAACUGGAGCAAUCCAGCUCAAACAAAGCAAGCAACCCCGACGCGCAAGCCGCCCUACGAGACGAGAUCGCCAUGACUGUACGACAAGGAUUAGCUGAGCUCAAAGAGCACAUGCAUCACAUUGCCCAAGAAACAAGGGGCCGAUCCAUGGAAGUGAGCCGUCCGGCGGACGACACUCAGGAGAUUGUUCGUGCUGUCCGGGGCUUAUUGGCUGAGUUGCCCCAGCCUGUACAGUCACCUGUCAGAGAUCCGCUGGUUGAACGGGAAGAGCUGCUGACAGCGGUCAAGGAGGCAUGGGAAGACUGCAAACCUGAAAUUGCCCUGGAGCAUUUCGGACUGGAACGCGACGAAAUAUUGGAGUGUCUAAAAGAAGGUCUGAGGUCUUACCAGCCACAACAACCUACAGCAAAAGACGCUGGUGUGACUUACGAAGAUGUGCUUGAAGCCGUGCAGAAAGGACUAGCAGACUAUACUCCACCGAGUCUUCCGGCUCCUUCAGCCAUUUCACAAGAAGACCUCUCCAAGGUUGUACGCCAGUGUUUGGAAAAUUUUGAGUGGCCACAUCCACAUUCCGGGCUGCCUGGCCAUGAUGGACUGACCAGAGACGACGUUGCUGGAGCUGUUCAGGAAGCAUUGGCUCAUCAUGAAACUUCAACAAGGGAUUAUGUGGCUGAAGCAAUCCAAAAGGGCCUUUCCCACCAGGAACCAGUAGCCAAGGAGGUCGAAUUCAACCGCGAAGACCUUUUUGAUGCUAUUCGGGCUUGCCUUGAAGGGGAGCAAAACCCACUGGGUGGAAUGGGCGAAAAGGUCAUUGAAGCUAUGCACGAAUUCCUCGGCAGCAUGAAGACCGAAUUCCAGCAAUACUCAGCUGCAAGUGGCAAGGACACCGAGCAGGUCCUGGAUGCCCUCAAAGAUGGACUUGAAGAUCUGCGAGCAGAUAUUGAAAGCUAUGUUGAUCGCGCUGCAGACGUGACGGGCAAAGACGAAAUCAUUGACACGGUCAAAGCUGGAUUUGCCGCGAUGCAGGCUGAUGUCGACAAAGGGUUUGCCAAUCGCGUGGGAGGAGCAGCACCGAAUACUCCCGAGCUUCUGGACGCCAUGGAAAAGGAAUUCGAACAUCUUCGAGAAACAAUCAGCAAGAACAUGGCCCGAGACAAUUCAUUGACCGAGAAGGACGAGAUAUUGGACGCCAUUCGCGAUCUCUCCGAUGACCGACAAUCAGCCCUGAGCAGCAAUAGUGAAGACAUUGUUCGUCUGGUCAAGGAAGAGCUAGAGCACAUGAGAAGCACACUUGCCGGAACAUUGAUCAAGAGUGGCUCGUCUUUGGACCGCGAUGAGGUGCUUGAGGUCAUCCGGGAGGGCCUGGAAGCUUCUCGAUCCGGACAUAGAGUGGACGGAAGCGAGAGCAUUCUGUCCAACACAAGUGAGCUCUUAGAUGCUUUCCAAGAUGGUGUCGAUGGCAUCAGAGCAGACAUCCAGAGUCUGAAAGAUCGUCAUGUCGAUUUGAGUGCAAGCGAGGAGGUCCUAGAUGCGUUGAAGGCGGCUGUUGAAGAUAUACGAACAGAUAUUUCUCACUUGAACAACAAGGAAAAGAGCGAGUCGGAGUCAGGGACAGCACGAGGUCAGGAGAUGGUUGUACAUGACCAAAACCGCAUCUCAACGGAAAUCGAAGGCUUGAAAGUGAUGAUCACUCAGCUGAGAAUCAAGGUGGAGGCAUUGGACGGCCUGGCGGCACCAGUGAUACCAACCGAGACUCGCAUGCACAAGGACGACCUGAAUGAACUUCAUGAUGCAAUCCAGCAGGUUGGAGAAGCUGUGAGUCAGACCAAGGUCGAAGAUAUUCAUAUACACAAGGACGAUUUGGAUGGGCUGUACACCGCUAUCAAUCAGGUCAACGACGCGGUAACCCGGGUCCGAGAUACUCCCUUGCCAGAGGUGGUGAUGCCUGACAAUGCAGCUUCGAAAGAGGACACUGACGCAAUCGAAACAUUGCUUCGAAAUGUGAAAGCCAAAAUUGACGAGGUGCUUUCAUCAGAGUCCGAACCUCUGGCGAAAUCCAGCCAGUUCGACGCUGUCGAGUUCGGUCUGAAGGAUCUCAAAGUGGCAGUUGAAGAAUGGACGCAGCGCGCGGGCGAGCAGUCAAACAAAGAAGACUUUACUCUCAUCGAGCUUAUGUUGAAAGAUGUGCAGAGCAGUCUAGAGGACUUCAAGUCCAAGCUAGAUGGAGUGAAUCGCGAAGAACGGUCGAUUGACAAGACCGACUUCCAGCUCCUCGAGACAUUGUGUAUGGACAUCAAAAGUCAGAUCGAGGAGAUCAAGCUUCCUGAGCUUGAUGUGUUGCCCACCAAAGAAGAUCUCACCGAUGUCAAGAACGAUCUCAAGUCGUUCCGCGAGCAAUUUGAAGCCGACAAUGGCCUGACUGCGCAAGCGUUCGAGGCGAGAAAGAUCGAGCAUGGUGGCCUCGCAACAAAGAUUGACGAUGUGAAGAAUGUCAUUGGCGACCUUCGAGACGAACUGAUUGGCAAGGUGGAAGAGAGUGCUGAAGGUAUUGUCGAGUUGAACAAAGUGCUCGGAAUGCACCAUGAUGACAUGAGCAAAUAUGCAACAGCCUCCAGCAUUGCAGAGAUGUCGAAGAUGAUCAAGACCGAACUCGACCGCCAAAUGGACCACCACUCAAAUAUUCAAUCCGAGAUGGAAGAACGCAAUGCUACCCUCUUCACCAAGCAUGAAGAGACUGGGGCAGACAUCAAAUCGGUCAUUGCAGAGAGGUUUCAUGAACUCAUGACCAAGUACGACGACACACAGCAGGCGAACGAGGCCAAGCUGAACAUGUUGGAGGAGCGUGACAGUGCACAUUUGGAGGCCACAAAUGGCACCAAGGCAAUCGUGGAUGACCUGAAGCUGUUGAUGGAUACCCUGGGCUCGACGGUCACAGAAACCUGUGAACGAGUGUCUGAGGACUCCAAGACCGUUUUUACCUCGAUUGAAGAUUCGAAUGCCAAGUUGGACAAUCUGCACAGUGGAAAUGCAUUCGAGCAUGGUGUCACUCGGGAAGAGAUUGCGAAGACACUUGCAGCCGCGACAAGACUAGAAGGCACAGUCGCGGAAAAUCAACCAGCUGUACUAUCCGCAAUCCGAGAAGUGCUGCAAGUCGUCAGUCAACACUACGAACACUCGCAGCAACAGACCGAAAGUUUUGCACGCGCAACUGAAGAGAUCAAGUCCGGGGUCGACUCCAUUCCAGCAGCUAUUCCACCAUUGUUACCAGCCCUGCCGGCAGGACCAGCUAGUCCAGAGAUUUCGAGAGAAGUGCCAGUCCCAGAGAGAUAUGACGACAGCGAAGUGCAUGACAAGCUCGAUACCCUUCUUUCGCAUGCAGCUCUAGCCAAGGAGGUCUUUGCUGGCAUUGAAAACCAGCACAAGGACACUCGUGAUUCUCUAGCCAGUAUGUCGAAACUCGACGAAGUUCAUGCACAAGUCAUGGCCACCGCAGCAGAAAUCGCAAGCAUGGUUACCACUCAGGCGAGACUCAUGGGUGAACAUCACGAUUCGAAAGUCGCCGAAGCCACUGAGGCGGCCAUCGCGUUGGAGAAGCGGACAGCUCAAAAAGAGAAAGUCGAAGCUGACAUCGUUGCCCUCACGCAAGAAAAGAAUGCCCUUGCCGCGUCUAUGGCAAGCUUGAGGCAUGAACAGGAAGAACUUAGCGGACAGACUAAGAGGCUGACUCGAGAAGUGGCUAAGCUUGAGACUGCGCUCCAACUUCGACAAGUUGAAGUUCGUGAGAUGAAUGCUCAAGCGGAGGCCGUCGAACGCCGCAUCCUGGAAGGACUUGUCAACCAAGCCCGGUCCGUCCAGCCUUCGAGAUCCAGAGCUAGGAAGGUCAACCAUGCCGAAAGAGAUGCCUCAAUGAAUCUGAAGCGUGUACCCAGCAAUGCGACUGUGACGGCCCGAACAUCCAUCAAGGGCGGAAAUUCGACAAUUGGCAGUGCUGUUGGUAUGGCCAUCAAGAAGAGAGCACCACUGGCUUCGAAUGGAAGAGCAUCCACGACGCCGAGGACAUCUGCUGUUGACCGACGAAUCUUGAGUACCAGUCACGUUACCGGCAAUCGAGGCCGCAAUACUCCUGAUAUGGCAUUGAUGCUCGCUCCAGUGCCCAAAUCGACAGGUCUUGUCAGCUUGAAGCGGAGUCAAUCGGUCAAGAGUAAUCCGAGUAGUUACCUCAAUGGACGGAAGGCGAGCUGGAACGGCGUGUCCUCGGAAUUGACCGACAAGGAGAACUUCAGCGUCGACGUUGACAACAGCGAAGAUGACGCUCGAAGCGACGCAAGUACAGAGCGACGAACCAGCUUGGGGACCAGCUACAUGUAUACGGACAGCAUGUCGUACGGGACUGGCAGCUCGCUGAGCGGGCACUGUCGCCUGUCGACGGACAGUAGCAUCGUUGGUACGGUCAACGGCCACGCGGACAGUAUUGAGGAAGAAGAUGAGGAGCAUGACUUCGAUCAGACGGCAGUGGUGUUGCAUGAGGGAGGCGAAGAUAGCCAAGUCAAUUCGGGUCAAGACAAUUCAAUGGCUCUGACGACGUUUGAUGGGCUCGAGACACCGAACGUGGUCGGCGAGACGAUGUCUGAUCUCCAGCCUCCGCCGGUCAUGACUGAGGAAGGGUUCAAGUACCAUCAUGACAGCGACAGUGGACUUGGGACUGAGCCGUUGACGGCGGGGACUGAGGAGAGGAUCGGACAGGCGCAGGAGUACUUUCAGAUGACGGCGCAGGAUUUGCAGUCUUGAAAGGACCAGGAUUGGAUAGGAUAGGUAGGCUGCUGUUGACUUGGUUUUUGGUGUUAUCGGGUGAUCAACAAGUGUUGGAGUUUUGAGGAUGAGCGUUCAGCGAGUCGAAUCAGGGUGAAUGAUGAAUAUUAUUCGAAUGCGACACUAGGGGAGUGAGAGGUAGAUAGUCGAGUAUGAUUACGAACUUCUUAU